UCGGCAGCGGUGACAAACAGGAACAGGCGGGUGAAGAAAAGAAUAGUGCUGUGUGAGUUAGAGGAGCAGCCAUAUUGCAGCAUUACUCAAUUCUGGGGGGGAUAAAUGGACGCUGGUGCUAUCUGACUGGUCUGUCCUAGCUGUACUGGAACGGAUUUGGGGAAAAGAAACCUACAGUACUGUGUCGAGAGAGUUGGAAGGAGAGAUUGCUUCUGAAGGAAACCGUGAAAACAACUGAAAAUGCCAAAGCCAAUCAAUGUUCGAGUUACCAGCAUGGAUGCGGAGCUGGAGUUUGCCAUCCAGUCUAACACAACCGGCAAACAGCUCUUCGACCAGGUGGUUAAAACCAUUGGAUUGCGUGAAGUGUGGUACUUUGGACUUCAGUAUAUGGACAGCAAAGGGUACCAGACAUGGCUGAAGCUGGAUAAAAAGGUUUCUUCCCAGGAAGUGAAGAAGGAAAAUCCUCUGCAGUUCAAGUUUCGUGCCAAAUUCUUCCCCGAAGACGUGUCUGAGGAAUUGAUCCAGGACAUCACACAGAGGCUGUUUUUCCUCCAGGUGAAGGAGAGCAUCCUCAGUGAUGAUGUCUACUGCCCACCAGAAACUGCUGUUCUCCUGGGCUCCUACGCAGUCCAGGCCAAGUUUGGAGACUUCUCCAAGGAAAGUCAUAAAUCUGGAUAUCUGACAUCAGACCGUCUCCUCCCUCAGCGUGUUCUGGAACAACACACACUCUCCAGAGAACAGUGGGAGGAGCGCAUCCAGGUCUGGCAUGAGGAACACCGUGGAAUGCUCAAGCAAGAUGCCAUGUUGGAGUACCUCAAGAUUGCCCAAGACUUGGAGAUGUAUGGCGUGAACUAUUUUGAUAUCAAAAACAAGAAGGGAACAGACCUGUGGCUGGGUGUAGAUGCCCUUGGAGUGAAUAUCUAUGAAAAGGAAGACAAACUAACUCCAAAGAUUGGUUUCCCUUGGAGUGAAAUUAGGAACAUCUCCUUCAAUGACAAGAAGUUCAUUAUAAAACCUAUUGACAAGAAGGCUCCAGACUUUGUGUUCUAUUCUCCACGCCUGAGGAUCAACAAGCGCGUCCUGCAGCUGUGCAUGGGGAACCACGAGCUGUACAUGCGGCGCAGGAAGCCUGACACCAUCGAGGUGCAGCAGAUGAAGGCACAAGCCCACGAGGAGAAGCAACACAAACAGAUGGAGAGAGCACAGCUGCAGGAUGAGAAGAAGAAAAGGGAGACCAUUGAGAAGGAGAAGGAGCAGAUGGAACGAGAGAAGCAGGAGCUUGAGAUGAGGCUGCGCCUCUUCGAAGAGAAGACCAUUAAAGCAGAGAGAGAUUUGCAAGAGCAGAUGAGGAGAGCCAUUCAGCUGGAGGAUGAGAGAAGAAAGGCAGAACAAGAGGCAGCGCGUCUGGAGGCUGAUCGCCAGGCUGCUCUUUUAGCCAAGGAAGAACUGGCCAGGCGGGCUGAGGAUCAAAUGAAGAGCCAGGAGCAGCUGGCUGCAGAGCUGGCAGAAUAUACAGCCAAGAUUGCACUUUUGGAGGAGUCUAAGAAGCGCAAGGAGGAGGAGGCUGACCAGUGGCAGCACAGAGCUAGGGAAGCUCAGGAGGACUUGGUAAGGACCAAAGAGGAGCUGCAUAUGGUGAUGACGGCCCCUCCACCCCCUCCCCCUCCCCCAGUGUACCAGUUUGUGGAAGACAACGAGCAGGAGGAUGUUGAGGAGACCAACAGCACUUACAGUGCUGAGCUGCAGUACGAGGACAUUGAUGACCACCGCAAGGAGGAGGACCGCAUCACCGAAGCAGAGAAGAAUGAGCGCGUCCAGAAGCAGCUCAUGGCUUUGAGCUCAGAGCUGGCCCAGGCCAGAGAUGAUAGUAAGAAGACCCACAAUGACCUGAUCCACACUGAGAAUGUGAGGGUUGGUCGUGACAAGUACAAGACACUGAGGCAGAUCCGACAAGGCAACACCAAGCAGAGGAUCGACGAGUUUGAGGCUCUGUAAAUCCGUUGCUGCACUGUGGGCUUGUAGGUACAUAUUGCAUUACACUGUCCCAAAUGCAGAUCUCCCACCUUUUUUUUUUUACUUUCUGAGUGGUUGCUGUAGGAGCUUGUAGUAUUAUUGUGAAAAAAAAAAAGAAAAGGUUUUCACCAAGCUACAGUAUACCAGAGGACAGCUGAUUCAUACAGAGCGCAAUACAGUGUGUGAAAUUGAUUUAAAAGGCACAAUGUGUUUUCAUUUUGUAACAUUCCAGUGCCAAAACUUAUCAGAUUUAUUUCUUUCACAAUUGUUUUAGCUUUUUGGUAGAGCAAUUACCUGCACCAUAUCAAUGUCAUUUAUCUAAAAUGUUUUAAAUAUGCUUAUGAAUAAUGGAGUACAGAUACACAAGGAACGUCGUUGUAGUUUCAUUUGGGCUUGGUUUAGAAUGGAACACAUAUAGCCAAAUAGUGUGCCAUAUAAGCUAAGGGAGCUUUGAAGCCAAAAGUAAACCCAUUGUUUGUACUGGGCUGCAUACUGUAUUUUUAAACCAUGCACAAUGGUAUAUACAUUUUACCCACAGCCUUCAGCUGUGACCUUUUGACUUCAAGAACUAAAUUAUUAAUUUCAAGGUGCAAGAUGUUUUGCAGGGGCCACUCAGAAAUGAAGAUAAGAAAACAGUAUAAAAACAAUUUCCGAUUACUUGCAGAACUGCACAUGAGGAGAGAUAUAUAUAUAUAUAUAUAUAUAUAUAUAUAAAAUUUGAAAUCACACUUCCAUACACGUUUAAUAUUCCUGGAUAACCAAUAAUAUUGAAUAGUUUUAUUUAUACACUGGUGAUUCCAAUUAAAAAAAACAAAAAAACAAAAAAACAAAAAAAAUAUUUUGUAUAUUUUUGCUAUAUAGUAUAUUGAAACAGUUAAAGUUGUAUAAUAAAGUUCCUGCGACUAUAUAUCAACCAAAAUAAUGUUUUGUGUUGAGUCUAGAGUUUCUAAAGAUGACUUAGCUGAAAGAUCUAUUUCUAAGUGUGUUUUUUUUUUUUUUUUUUUACUUUUAAAGUUCAACCUGCAUGAAGUUCUUUGUAUAAAUUAAUCUAUAACAAAUAACAUUUCUAGAUGUGUUAUUUAUAACAACAACAAAAAAAUUAGAUGUUUUAAAGCUUACGGCAUCUGUAUUUUGUAAAAGACUCAACUUUUUUCACAUGUCUUUUUGCACCUUUUCUAAUCACUACACAAUGAGUAAGGCAGAGGAGACUAUCACAGACUGUCACCAUGCUUUUUAAUGAGGUUGCAAUUAAUGGGUUGAAAUUAGUAGUGUUCAGGUAUCUGGGGUUUUUUUUCUAUACUGUUUUUUAACACAUUUCAGAUAACCAUGUCUGUCUUUAUUUUUCUUGCACGUGUGGUAACAAUGUUUUUGUUUAGUGUAAACAGGCUGCAGUACUCGUUCACUACAUACUUGCUAGUUUGUAUUGAAACUGAAUACACUUUUUAUUAAAGUGUUCAUUAAAACAUUUUUGGCAAUAAAGAUCUGCAAAAAA